AUGCUGAGAUCCAUGCUCGCACGGCUCCGGCCUAUUGAUUUGAUCGUGCUCACGGCUACGGCCGUCAUCGCCCUGACCUAUGGUGCAUACCAGCUCACCCAGCAGCGCAGGAUCAGAGGCCGUCCCCCAAAGUCGCCAUUCAAGCGGCCCAAGGGCCGAGAGACGAAAGGCGUCCCCUUCAAGAAGCCACGCAAGGGCAAGAAGAAAAGCUCGCUGCGGCCGCAGGGAUUCCUUGGUCUCGGCCUCGCCAAGGAUGCAUCAUCGAACCACCGGCCGGGACUCUGCUGUGACAUACUGUAUGCAAAGAUGCAAAUAUGCAAAUAUGCAAAGGCUGCAAAGGCUUGAUCGUUGACAAACCCGUCGUAGACCCGGCUGCUUUCGUCCUCCCCCCCGCUCACAAGAGGGAUUUACAGUCAAUCCAAUAAAAAACGGACACCCGUGAUUUUGAC